AUGACUUCAUCAUCGAAUCAAUUGCCAACAAUAAAAGAAUCAAUUUGUCAGCAGAGUAUAUCUGAUAGUGAUGAAAAAGACAUUGAUCAUUUCAAACAAUUAAUACAUAUAAACAGCAAUGCGUCAACUCUUAACUCGGAUAAGGCUAAUGUCGAUCUAUCAUUUUCAAAAUGGUAUUUAUCAAAUAAAAUUUUAAAUGAAAGUGAAGAACGGCACACUUUCAUGGAUCAUCUUAAAGAAGAAUUUAUUCGAAUUAAUUCACUUGUAACUGACGCUAAUACGAUAUCGGAAGAAAUGCAUCGACAAAUAGUCUACAGCGUUAUAUUACAGAUACCUGUUUCAUAUUUGAAACCAAGUGAACGUUCCAUUAAUAAUUUAUGUUUACCAGCAGUGCAAGUCAAACGUGAAAAUUCUGUUUCACAAAUAUGGACUGCAGAAAAAUUUGAAUGUCAGUUCAGUCAUAUAAAAAGUUUAUAUUUAAAAUGGAUCGUAUCUGACAAUAAAACGGAAUUUUUAACACAAGAAUUAAAACGAAAUAAUCCAUUUUUUGAUGAACAAUUCAAUAGUUUUAUUGGUGUUGCAAAUAUCUAUUUAAAAUCUUUAUUUUAUAAUUCCAAACUUGACUAUAUUGUACCAAUCAUCGAUACAAAAGGAGAGAUGUGUGGUUCACUUCAUGUGGUUAUGGAUCAAACAGGUUUGUUACCGAUAGAAAAAUUCAGUCAACUUCAAAUCAAUACCACAACCUGCAGUAGUAAACCUGAAGGAGUCAGUGCUGAUUCUGAUGAAGCUAAUCUCACCAAUAAUAGUAGCAAUGAUCAAUGUCUUGAAGACGAAGGUAUUGAACAUCCAUCAACAUUGUCGAAUAGUCAAAAUAAUGAACUCAUAGUUAAAUUUUCUAUUCAAGAAGCACGAGAUUUACCAAAAUCUACCGCUGAAUAUGUGAUGUGUCAUUAUACAUUUAUAAAUCCAAAAUUGGAUCAGACCGUUAUUUCUCAAAAAGCGUCCGAUAAUGAUGACGAACAAAAAUCAUGCACGUUCUCAUUCAAUCAUGAAAAUGAAUAUAGAUUUCCGAUAACUGAUCAAUUUCUGUCUACAUGCUUCGAAAGUGUUGUUUCAAUCGAAGUUUGGCAUCAACACAAUGCAACGCCACAAUCAAUUGAUUUAACAGAGAAUGCUCAACUUGAUCAAAAUACGAAUCUAGUUCGCGAAAUAACUCAACAAUGGAAAGAUGUAAAACGACACAUUCAAUUUUCUGUGGAAAUUCACGAGCUAGAUUCAACGGGAGUCUGGAAACCAGUUCCGGUUAAUCCAGAAGAAGAAGCCAGCAGCGGGGGAAUUUAUCGAUUAAAACAGGGUCAAUCGAAACGCGUUGUCGUAAAAUUACGAUUAAUACCUCGACCGGAUCCAAUGCCUUUGGUACUUCAUGAAAUUCGAUCUGUUGAAAUUGGUUCUAUAAGUACAAGAAAAAUGCAAGCGCCACUUCAAUUAGAUUCUUAUCAAGAUGAUCACCUGCAAUGUUUAAGAGACAAAUGGUUAAAUUUCAUUGAAAAACGUAAAAUUUAUCUUGAAUCACAAAUCAAUACAUUGCAUCAGAAAACAAAUAAAACAUCGAUUGACACACACAGAGAAAGUAUUAUAUUGGAAGAACUGGUACGUUUAGCUGAAGAACAUCAUAUUGCAAUGUUUCCACCAGCGAGUAGUGGAAUACCUGGUUCUCCAGCAUGUUGGAUUCCACCAACAACGAUUGAAAUGCAUCGUCCAAUUAUAUUUCUCGACAUAGAUCCGCUUGAUAAAAGUAAAUUGAAUAGUAUAGUUGGUCUUCAAGCCGCAUUAAUCGAAGAAAAUAAAACUCCUAUGUUUGCAUUGCCGUUAAUUCAAAAUGCAUCGGAUCAGAUUUGUGCUAUUGCUCAAUGGGAUCCAACAAUUCAUGAAUUAGCGACGAUGAACCAAGUCACAGCACAUGAUACACUUAUUUAUCUAAUUGUUAAAAUUACUGUGAUAGUGUCUCAGCCAGCACAUAUGGAACUUGUUCUACGUAAACGCAUCGCUAUAAAUAUUCACAAGCCGGAAGAAUGGUGGCCCGAAAAAGCACUAAAAACUUUACUCGGCACUAAAGUACACAGAGGAACAAGCGUUGUCUAUGAGAUCGUAUCGCAAAUACCGAAGAAUCUUCAUGAUAUUGAAAAUCGAAAACAAAUUGAUUUCCGAUGUCUUUCAAAUGAAUACAUUGAAAAAUAUAUUCAAUAUGGUUCAAAUAUUGAUUCAAAUUUAUUACUUGACAAAUUACGACAAGAAGUUUUAUUAGAAGCAAAUUCUGAAAAAGAAAAAAUAGUUCGAAAGUCAACCAGCGUACCAAAUAUAGCACGUCAAAAACGAUAUUCAAAUGCGCUUAGUUCACCUGGAAAUUCUCGACGAAAUCACCUAUUAAAUAUUCCAAGUGAAACCAUGCUAUCGCUAAGCCAAUCCGAAUUGAAUAGUUCAACACCGAGUAUGAUAUCACGUUCAUUAUUUAUUGAAGAAGAACAAUUACAAUCUACACAAACAUCGCGUCUUCAAAUAAAAAAUACGAUUGAUUUAGAUGAUAACAGGCAACAAGAAACUGCAAAUAUCGUUGAACAAAUAUCGACUUUAUUAUCAAGUCAAUCGAGUAACGUAUCAUCGAGACAAAUAGACAACGAUCAUGAAGAUGAAGAUUUUAUCGUUGGUUCGCGUGUCAUUGUCAAUACAGGCCAUUCAAUAUUUAAUAAGCCCGGCACUAUUCGUUUUAUGGGAGAAAUUUGUAUAAGUACCGGCAUUUGGUAUGGAAUCGAACUGGAUGAAGCAGUUGGAAAAAACAAUGGUUCACUGAAUGGACAUUUUUAUUUCGAAUGUCCAAAUCAACAUGGCGCAUUUGUUCGUCGUCACAAAAUUCACUUGAUGAAUUAA